CCGAUCUCGAAUGGACCUGCGCCAUGACAUGAUCAUCAUGUCAAUCACUGAGGCUGUGAUACGAGCUCCGCUCAGUCCAACAUAAAUACCGGUCUCUCAAACUCCUCGACAUACCAUCUGAACAACAUCUCAUUACUAUCGUUGCUGAGCUACCUGAACACAGCUUCUUUACCGAACACCUUCGAACUCAAAUCUCUACUUCCCUCAAUCAUGCUUGCACCUACCUCGCUUCAGGCAGCACUACUCACAUGCCUUGCUGCUACUACGCUUGCCGUGCCCACUAGUCUUACCAAUUCCGACCCUGCUGUUGCCGACCCCUUGGUAAAGCGAGACAGCUGGUGUAUAUCUUGGUACGAAGACGUCGGCUGUACGAGUCCCCUCGGCACGCAAUGUGGCGGGGAGGACAGUGCGCCUCAGUCGUGCACUGCUAUCGGGUUCAAUGACGAGACGACGGUAAAAUCGAUCGAUUGGCAGCCAGUUCCGGGAUCUGUCCUGGCUCUAUACGAAGGAGAUCAAUGCGCUUUGGGUUCUAAUCUGGAGUUGUUCUCGGAUCAAGACAAUGGAUGCCAGGCCGUUAUAUAUGACGUGAAGUACUUCUCGGUAUUGUGUCGCUAUUUCGAGUCCACUGAGAGCCGGCACUGUGAAGUUUCACAUCGACAAUGA